UUCCUUGUCUGAACAACUUAAACAAAUAUGUAGCGCGAUGGCUUAAUGUUGAAUUUUUCUAUUGUGGAAGGAAGGUCCAUGAUGUCCAUGUUUGGCAGUUUCUAUCUGACUGAGUGCUAAGCAAAACCAGAAAAGGGCUUCUUGUCUCCAACUGACAUUGUUGUAUGAAAGGAAAACAUCGCUAGUCAUGUCUCAACCUCCGCCACUUUCAUCACUACAGGGCGAGCGACGAAAGAGGACAGGUGACAGAAGACGAAGUUCUGGUGGCGGUGGUCGGGUCAAAGUUAACCUCCACGCAGUGACUGAUGCUCAGGCUAAGCUUCUUAGAAGAAAUACGCUUCUACUCGGAGAGAUCCGACGGAAAUCAGGCGCUCGUGUAGACUUUGACCGUAACCCGUCACCUCUACCAGGUAUGAAGAUUGUCAUCAUCCGCGGUGCCCCAUCUCAGAUCGUAGAAGCCAUCAGGCUCAUUCAUCAGACGACUGGUGCUCAGGAGGAUAUUUACAGUAACAUCAGAAAGAAGCUGAGAGACGCCGUGUCACAGCUGGACAAGGCGGAGGCCAUGUUGUCUCACCUGGUGUCCGACAUCGCUCCCGGUCUGCGCAUCACUAAGACCAUCGCUUUCCCCAACCUCACGGCUCGUCAACUUCAACAGGCCAUCUCUCACGACUCACAGCUCACUGAGACCCUGUGUCGGUGUCUGGGAACAACAUCAGACCCCUCCGACAUCCCAGGUGUGUGUCUGUGCUUUGAUCAGUUGUCUCACCCCAAGACCCCGUGUGACGUCAGUAGUCACGUGCUGAGGGAACUCGGACAGUGGUGGCAGCGACAUUAUGAAGUUGAUGACGAUACAGAUUUAAAUAAGGCCGUCAACGACUUGUCACAGGCGGCGAGGGGAGGACCAUUGUACGUCAUCGCUGAUGAAGCAGUGAGCAAGUACAGCUGUUCACGCAAGUUCCUCGUCUCCAUUUUUGGGCGUCAAGUUGUUACCAUGGAGACACACCCGUCGGCUGAGAAUAUCACACCAACAUCUACAGCAGUCACCUCCACCAGCGGUUCCACAACACCACCCUGUCUACAGUGGAAAGACGUGUUUGUGUUGUACUGGUAUGAAGGUAGUGAAAACACCGGUAUGGUGAAUAAACUGCAAGAAGCGGGUAUCCCAGUGCGGGUGAUGAAGGACGAUGACAUCGAUGACGUGGCGACGGCCAGCAGUGACGUGGUGUGGGUGGCAGGUGGACACCGUGUUCGUGGUCUGGAGAGAAAAGUCGUCGUGUGUCUGGGGGACCCUGCUUUUGACUCGUUUAGGUCUGAACGUGAAAGACAUACACCUGAGUUACUGCAUUACAACCCAGGGUCAGCCCGACUUGACCUCAUGUCCCGCUGUACGUCACAACUUGUGAUUAUCUCCGCUCACCACUAA